AUGCCUGGCCUGGGCGUGCUCGCAUACCUGUGCCGCGGCGUGUCGACAGACCGCAGCACGUAUGACCCCAAUGAACCCAGCAUGAUGGACUUUGUGCACUCGGAGGACCUGCUGGAGAUGAUCUUCGAGCACCUGGACGUGGUGUCUCUGUCGCGGUGUGCUCGCGUGUGCCGCGCCUUUGCCAACACGCGCUGGCCCAUCAUCAACCUCAGCCACCGCACCCCGCGCAUCACUGGCCAGCAGCUGGCCACCAUCAUCGCCAAGCGGCCACACGUGCUCAUCCUGCCAUCUGGGUUCGAGCUGGACGAGCAGACGGCAGCUGCGCUGCAGCGGUUCUCUGGGCGGGAGUUGACACUCAAGUUCACCAUGCACGCCAAUGACGACGUCACCCCGUUCCUCGGCCCGGCCCUGCACCGUUUGACGCACCUGGACCUCUCUGGCUCCAUCACAGACAACGAGUGCGUGCGGCACGUGGCGAGCAGACUGCCGACCAUGGCGUGUCUGCAGCACCUGCUGCUGGAGGACAACGGGCUUGACUCGCGCGAUGUCGACGUGCUGUUUAACGCAGUCGAGACACUGCCGCUCGUCACGCUCAGCCUCAGCGACAAUGAGCUCGGUGAUAUUGGCGCCACGACGCUCGCGUCCCACCUGCGCAAGAUGCCUGAUUUGCAGCACCUUGGCCUCGACAAUGUGGCCAUGUCGUCCACAGGCCUGCACACCAUCAUGAAGGCGUGCCCGAGCGUCGCCACCCUCAAGAUCUCAGACAACGACAUCGACGCAGCACUCACAAAGCCGCUUGCAGAGGCCAUGCAGGUGUGCUUGCGGCAUUUGGAGCUCAAGUCCACGGAUCUGGACGCCAACGACCUCAUGCCCGCCAUCAACACUCUCAAGAGCCGCGGAUGUGUACUGGAGGUCCUGCGUCUGUGGGAUAAUCGCGUCUCAGACCACGGCGUGGCCGCAAUCGCGCAAUCACUCAAGGAGAAUGCAUCGCUGAAGGUGCUUGACCUGCGCUUCAACAACAUUUCAAGCCACGGCGCGCGCUCCCUCGCAUCUGCGCUCGAGAAAAACACAACGCUGCACACGCUCUCGCUCAAGUUCAACCGCAUUGGUAACCGUGGCUGCAAACACCUUGCUGGCAUGCUCGCCAAGAACUCAUCACUCCACACCCUUGACCUCGAGGACAAUGAGAUUGGAGAUGAUGGCGCCGUGUCGCUCGCGCGCGGGCUGGAGCGAAACACAUCUGUACGCGAGCUCAACCUCAGAUACAACAAGGUCUCGGACAAAGCACUGGCAGACUUUGGCAAGUGCCUGGAAAACAACCGGGCAUUGGCUGUGCUGGACCUCUCAUCCAAACCGCACGUGGUCGGUGGCAUCACGAUGGACGGCUUGAUGGUGCUGGAGCGAGCACUUCUUCGAAACACAUCGGUGCGACGCAUCAACGUCCACAAUCACGCCGCCUCGCAAACCGAACGCGGCGGCUCAUCCAUGUCACCUUCGACCUCCUCCUCCUCCUCAUCAUCAUCGUCCUCAUCCUCUUCAUCAUCGUCAUCAUCAUCAUCAUCGUCGUCGUCGUCGUCGUCGUCGUCGUCGUCACCACGUGACAUGGACAGCCGCCAGCGUGCCCGGAGUACACCCAUCUCGCCAACGCGCGACAUCAUCAGCACGCGCCCUGCCCGCACGGGCUCGCUCAUCCGCCGCCCGCGCAGGUCAAUCUUCUUCUUCUGGUGA